UCGUCGCCUGACGUAAGUCUCUGUUCUUUCACCAGCCCUCCCGUUCCCCUCUCUCUCCCUCUCUUUCCUGGCGGCGCCGCCCUCUUCGUCUUGCCCCUUCGCCGGCGACGAGCAUCCAACCACCUGCGUGCGGGCCUCAGGAUGCAAUCUUUGCUCCGGAAUGUCUGCCGAGCCGGAAGCCGCGGGGCUGCGGCGAGGCUCCUGGAGUUUGCUGCUCCUGUAGCCACUCAGCCGGGGGCUACGCCGCCAUCCUCGGCCAUCAAACACCUCAGCACUUGCGGGUUCACUCCUCCAACUGGGGUAGGAUUCUUGUCCUCUUUUGUGUCUUCUUCGAAUUUGUCCAGGUCAUGUCAUAUGGAUCAAUUUCUUUGCGUGCAGAAUCGGUUCAUUUCAUGUCAUGGUGUGACUGCUUCCUCUGGUUUCUGCGCGGAGGUUCUCAUGCCGAGGGGUUUGUCGACGGUGGGAAGUGCUGAGGUUGCCUCGGACGAGGACGAUUCCAGCUCCCCUGCGGUUGAGCACCCCCCACGCAUCAAGUUCAAGAGGCCCGACAAGACUGCCAGGCACAUUAUGAAUAUCUUGAACAAAGAGGCGGUUGAUAAGGUCCGUUCGGAGAGGGAGAUCCCUGAUGUGCAGCCUGGAUGCAUCGUUCAGAUGAGAUUGCAAGUUCCUGAGAACAAACGGCGAGAAUCUACAUUGAAAGGGAUUGUGAUAGCAAGGCGCAAUGCUGGGAUAAAUACAACCUUCAGAUUGCGUAGAUUAGUAGCUGGUGUGGGAGUUGAGUCCGUCUUUCCACUUUACUCACCAAACAUCAAAGAAAUGAAGAUCUUGGACAGGAAGAAAGUCAGGAGAGCUAAGCUGUAUUACCUGAGAGACAGGAUGAAUGCACUUAAAAAAUGAGGCUUUCGGCUAGGAUUUUCCCCCUGUUGGAUCAACCAGCAUGGUUUCUGACGGAGCGACGGUUGCAGUCUGAGAAUCGCACCUAUUUGGUCCCAUCUUUGUAAAGCCAUAGUUUGUACUUCUCAUAGUGGGGAUGAGGUCUCUUGCUUGCCAUUAUUUACCUAGUACGUAUUUGCCUUUAUCAUAACAAAGCUGGAAUAUUUGACGCAUCAAAGUGAAACUAUUAUUAUAACA